CUGAAAGCUACAAGCUAAGCUAAGCUAGCUGUCAUUAUUUUCCCCUCUCUCUCUCUCGCUCACUCUGUCUUUGCUGUACUAUACUAUUGCAACCAAUUUCAAACAAAACCCAGAAUGGACAAAAAGAAAUUUUUUGAUAAGAGUUAGAGAAGGAAGUGAUCUUGGCCCCCUUCAUUUUCUUCUAGUUUCUCUUUAGCUCACCUCCUCUCUCUCUCACUGAUAUUUCUUACAGAGUUGUGUAGUCUUUCAUUACAUUAUCCUCCCCCUUCAGAGUUUCAGUCUCUCUUUCAAUGUGCAGCAGAAACCUCCAAUGGCAUUUUGUUGACAGGUAGAAGAAGUGAUUCUUCACUUGUCAACCUGCACACCCAACUGAUUAAGUUUCUUCCUUUGGUUUUUAUUUUAUUUUCUUGAAUACCCACUUUAUUGGUUAUUAUGGAAUCCAUGUCAGUAAAUAAAUGGAUGGGAAACCACUCUUCUUCUGCACCGCUUAUCUGUGAUACAAUUACAAAGUGCAAGAGAGAAGCUUAGUUGGGGGGUUUUGGGACAAAAGCUUUGGUUAGAAGUCAAAGAGGUUUUUAUGGACUGGAACAUGAAAGCAUCAUCUUCGUGGGAUUUGAGUGAACUUGAGCAAGCAACCUUUUCCAACUUGGACACAGUGAAUGAGUCUAGUAGCUUUGGAGAUCAACAUAGGGCCAUCAAAGGAGACUUUUCUGUUGAUUUGAAGCUUGGUCAGUUGGGUGAUUCUGGUAAUAAUCAGUUGCUGGACAUGUUCAAGCAACAUGGAGGUCCUAAACCUUCAUCGUCAUCACCUUCCGGGGCUUCAAAGAGGUCAAGGGCAGCUUAUAAUGGAUCCCACACAGUUUCUUGCCUCGUUGACGGGUGUAGAUCAGACCUUAGUACUUGUAGGGAUUACCAUAGGCGCCAUAAGGUCUGUGAACUACAUUCUAAGACUCCAAUGGUCACAAUAAAUGGCCAGAAGCAACGAUUUUGCCAACAAUGCAGCAGGUUCCAUUCAUUGGAGGAAUUUGACGAAGGGAAGAGAAGCUGCAGGAAACGUCUUGAUGGACACAACCGUAGGAGAAGGAAGCCUCAACCCGAACCCUUGUCGCGUUCAGGAAGCUUCUUAUCCAACUACCAAGGUACUCAAUUGUCGCCAUUCUCUAGCUCACUUGUAUAUCCCUCCACCACUGUUGUGAACCCAACAUGGGCUGCAGUUGUCAAAGCUGAAGCCGAUACCGGGCAUCAUAACCAACAUCUACAACAUCAUAACAUGUUUCUCGGGUCCUCAACCAGAAGCAGCAGCAGCUACAAUAAGGGAGGGGCAAACAAGCAGCAAUUCACACUUUUCCAAAGUAGCAACAACAACCAAACUCAUGGAGCUUCUGUAUGCCAGCCCCUUCUGAAUACCAUUUCAAUGUCAGAUACUGCUUCUUCAGGGGCUGCUGCGUCUGCAAAGAGCAAACUGUGUCAUGACAGGUUAACAACAACUCGAAUCCUCCACGAUUCGGAUUGUGCUCUCUCUCUUCUGUCAUCACCGCAGACGCAGCAGCAGACAUCUGAGUUGGGUUUGAGACACAUGAUGCAGCAGCCUAAUACGACAUCUCUCAUGCACCACCACCGCCUCGGCUUUCAUAGGAACAACAACAGCAACAAUAUAGAGCCAAUGGACUCAGUUCGGGUCUCCCAUGGAUCAAGUGACGAUGCACAUAAUGUUCAUCAGUCCUCAGGAAUAUUCCACAUGGGCUCUGAUGGGUCACAGCAGGGGAAUCAUCAUCAUCAAGGCUCUCAAACUCUUCCUUUUCAUUGGCAGUAGUAGCAACGAAGAUUCUUUGGUUUCUUGUAGAUUAUGUUGCAUAAUGUAUUAUUGGAACCUCCUGUAUGAUUUUGGAGGUCUUUUUAAUUUCAUUAGUUCCUGGAA